AUGAGCAGCUUGCAGGUUAUUGAAGCAAAACUCGAAGCAGAGUCAAGAGCAUUUCAACAGUUACAAAAAGAAUUGACACAGGUUGUCGAAAACAGACAACGAUUAGAGUCGCAACAGCAGGAAAAUGAAAUUGUUAAUAAAGAAUUUCAACAUUUAGACGAUGACAGUAAUAUCUACAAAUUGAUCGGCCCUGUCUUGGUCAAGCAAGACAAAACAGAAGCAGAAACCAACGUUAAGAACAGAUUGAACCUGAUCGCUAGCGAAAUCAAACGGGUGGAAUCACAGUUGACCGAUUUGACACAAAAGUCAGAAAAGAAAAAGCAAGAGAUUGCCAAGUUACAGAUGGAGUAUCAGCAAUUAGCAACAAAAAAAUAA